AUGCUGUUUCCUGCUCAAUUUCUGUUCCUACUGCUACUUCUAGGAACCUCGAGAACAGGCAACUCCCACAAGCUGUACCAAACAGAGUCCAUCUUCAGCUGUAUUAAUACAGCCCUAUCUGGGGCUAAGAGUCAGCUAGGUGAUGAGUCCUCACUGAGCAAGAGGAGCUUUGGUUACAUUCCCAGUGAGGAUCUAUCAUCUGAGGAGGAAGACAAAGAGGAGAAAGAAGAGGAUGAAGAGGACAAGGAGAAAAGAACUUUAUCUGGGGUUGGUGGUGGGAUUGGCACAGGGAUUGAGGGCACCCGGUAUAAGUACCAGUCUCAGGCACAGCUAACAAGGAAGCUAUACCAGAACAAGGCCCAGAGCGAUAGGCGCACUAAAUUCACCCUGUCUCUUGAUGUCCCUACCAACAUUAUGAAUAUCCUCUUCAACAUAGCCAAGGCCAAGAACUUGAAGGCCAAAGCAGCUGCCAAUGCUCACCUUAUGGCACAAAUUGGGCGAAGGAAAUAA